AUGGUAGAGAGAAUUGAAGAUUUAAAUCUACCCAACACGUCAGUGACCAGGCUGAUCAAGGAAGCCAUACCGGCGGAUGUAAAAGUGUCGAGCGAAUGUCGCAUUGCGUUGGCACGGGCAACAUCGGUGUUCGUGCUGUACCUUACCUCGACGGCCACUGCGGCGGCCCAGCAAAAGAACCACAAAUCCCUGUCUGCUGAUCACGUCCUCAAGGGAUUGGAGGAAAUUGAGUUCGAAAGCUUCAUUCAGCCGUUAAAAGAGGAGCUAGACAAUUUUAGAAAAAUGAUCAAAUCGAAAAAGGAUAAGAAAGCUGCCAAGGCGGAAACGGAUACCACGGUCGAGGGUGCGGUAAUUGAUCUGGAAAAUUUGGAAAGCAUGCAAACCACCUAACGACAAGUCCUCUCUGGGCAACAUGGUUAAUGUUUAAGAAAUAAA